CUCCCUCAUGCCGGACGGACGCAGACGAGCUCAGGUGAUGUUUCGCCGUACAACGCAGGGCAUCACACAAUUGUGGGGUGGGGUCGCUUUGAUGCGCAACCAGACAGCGAUGAGCAGUCAACGGUUAGCCCCUAAGUCUUAAACUUGACUAAGACCAAAUAUUUUGCAGGAGACGGCAGAGGGCUGCGAGGGUGAUCUGUUCAAGGGGAACUGCAAACUGGAGACUUGAUUUGCCCGUCGCGCGUUUUUCUGCACGUUUAUCCACGGAUAGAGCCUUUUCUCCCCCUGUCCAUCUUUUCUACUCAGCUUCUUGUGGUUGAGCGUUAUGGCGUGGCCGUGCAUCACGCGUGCUUGCUGCAUCAACCGCUUUUGGACCGAGCUGGACAAGGCGGAUAUCGCAGUGCCUUUGGUUUUCACCAAAUACUCUGAUGUGGCCGACGUGCAGCACCUGCCCCAUCACCCGCAGCCGAGGCAGAAGAAGGCCGCGGACAUUGCCAUAGAAACCCAGCCGCAUCCUGAGGAACGAGAGGCCGCCGAGGCACCGCCCGCAGCGGCCAAAGAUGGUGCGUCCGCUGCGUCCGUCAUGCGCCAAGACUUUAAGGCGUGGAGAGUGCGACCCGAGCCCAGCUGCAAGCCCAGGAACGAGUACCAGCGUCCACCGGGUCCGUUUAGCAACGAGACUCAAUACCAGAAGGAUUACAAGCCCUGGCCUAUACCCAAGAAGCACGAUCACCCCUGGAUCCCCAAACCCAGUCCUACCGCCACCACCUCCAAACUGGAGCAUGCGGCUGCCGAGCCCGAAAGCGGCGUGGAGAAGAGCGAAAUCGAGGAAAAAAUUCAAGAGAAGGAGGCGGCGAGGAGGGAGAGGUCUGCAGAGAGGAAAGCAGCUGAGAAGACGGAGGGACCUGCAGAAGUGACCGCGGAGCAACGGAGAGGCAGAGCGGCUGCGGACGCUCUCAACAGACAGAUAAAGGAGGUCAUGUCGACUUCUAGCAGCUACAGGACUGAGUUUAAGGCGUAUAAGGAUGUGAAACCAGUGAAGCCAAUUAAAGCUCCAUCCCAGUAUAAACCACCUGGCGAGGAGACCAGCCUGGAAACCAGCUACAGCGCCACAUACAAGGGGGAGCAGGUGAAGGCCCAGGCGACUGAUAACAAGCUGCUGGAGCGCCGGCGGAUACGCAGUUUGUACAGCGAGCCAGGCAAGGAGCCCACCAAGAUAAACAAACCAGCGUCUCGCACCAAACCAAAAAAGGCACCGACAACGACUGCGAAGACGGCGAAAAAAGCUAAAGAGAAGCAGAUUCCCGGUUCCCAGUUGGCUAAGAAGAAACCAUCUGCGAGCACAUCCGAAACACCACCAGAGGGAACUGUGACAAAGAAGAGCAAAGAGAUCAGCAACAGACUGGCUGAGGCCAACCAUUAGAAAUUGGUUAACUUGUAUGCUUUUAGAUGUGUGAUAAAAGGCAACACAAUGAAAAUCAUAUUCUUUCUUUUGGUUUAUCUCCCCACCUGGUUACACGUAGGAUCACUUUUGAAUGAUGUUGAGCUUUUAGAAUAAUGCAGAUAAUUUCACUGUAAACUGUAUGUGAACGUGUGAAUGUUUGUGACCUCUUUGUAUUUUGGUGCACAGAACCGCUUUUUUAUUAUUGAGCAGAUAAUUUGCACAUAUGAGUUCCACUUGACGUUAAACUUGAAAAUGAGACAUAAGUAUGCUUGUUCAGCAUUGUAAAAAAAAAAAAAGCCCAGAGCUACCCCUCAUUACUUUAACAUUCGCCUUAAAACAGCCUGAUUUUUGUGUAGGUUUUAAGCCAUAUUUCUCCAGACUUUUAAGGUAUCUCCCUCUCGGACCUCACCAUUUUCAAGAGUACCUUUUUUUCAUUUCCACAUUAGCCAUUUAACAGAUCUUUUAUUCAAUUCUUGUUUUUUUACUUGUAAAAAAUGUUUGUAAAUGCUUCAGUUUAAUCUUCAAAGCGCAAAACAUGCCAAUUUAUGUGAGCAUAAAACUGUUUUCUUGUAGAUAUAGCUAAAGAAAAAAAUUGUUUAAAUUGGUUGUGUCCACUUGUUGACACAAAACAGGUUCAUUGUUAAAUUUAGGAAACUUAUUAUGCUUUGUUGGUCAGUUUGAGGUGACUUUGUGAGAAAAAAAAAACUGACAAAUCAUUUACAAGUAAACAUUGACGUAAAAGGACUGGAAUGAAACGGAGUGAAAAAGCAGCCAUUGACCAAAAAAAAAAAAAGCAUUGAUAGAAAGUCUGGAGAACUUUUGCUGAAACCUAAGUCAUGCUCAGUGGUAACAAAAUCUAAAGCUGCUGUCACACUGUUACCUAUUUUGCCAUGUAUGCUAAUAUACCUAAAAAUGUGCUUGUAGGUGAAAGUUAAAUGAUUUAUACACUGCCAACAAGUGUCCUCAAGUAGCCAAAUAAUUCUAAGCUGAAUUAAUCAAAUAGAUCCAAUUCCCCUUCCAUGUCAGCAUCUUCAAGCAUCUAGCAUGCUAAAAGGAAUUCAUUGGUGCACCCAGGGAGUCUGCAUAUCGUAGCAUGAGAUCAAAUAGCAUUUUUACUAGGUCAUUGUGACAUUUGAAUAUUUGAAUUUGUGCAUUACAGGUGCCGUUUCUGAGCUCCAGCGAUCAUGCCACACAUAUCAUUUUGUCAUGUUCAAAAAAUCUGGGACAGCCUGGCUUUGCCGGAUAUUUAAUUACGUAUGCAACAGUAUCAGAGGCACUAAAAGGUUAUGCUGGAACAUUAUUUACUUAACUCCGAGUAUUUUCAUACACCUUUGAAAUGCAUGGCAGAUACGCAGUAGUGUGAUGCGGAUAAGGAAAUGAGGGAUGGCUCAAGACUUUUGCACAGUGCAGAAAUAUGUCUAAAAUGGCAUUGUUUUUCUUUUUCCUGAAUGGAUGACGACUAAGAUAAGCAUUGACAUGAUUGUAAAAACAAAAAGUUCAAGGAGAUCCUUUCUCCUUUGAGAUGUUUCACGUGACUGGUUUUGCAAAAGCUCUGUUUUUAUGGUUUCCUACUUACAGUGCCUCCUCUGUAUGGUCCUGGAUUUCAUUUCAUUGUUCCGGGUGAUAUCUGGUUUAAUCCGAUUGGUUGCUAAGAAAUCAAAUUAACUAUAAUGAAAUUGCUACAGUUUGCAUGCAAGACCUUACUUUUGGUUGAGUAGCAGACAGUACAGAGUCACUGUCGCACUCUAGCUUGUAAAUGGAGCCUUUAAAGAUAAAUGUAUAGGUGAAAUACCUUUUUUCAAGUAUAAUGCAUGAGUAGAAAAUAGAUUUUGUUCACAAAAAACAUACAUUCAACUAAUAAUCUCAUUGAUUAGUGGCUGGUACUGCUGUAAAAUAAAUACAACGGCAAAAUGGUUUCGGUCAAAGAUAUUUCUAUCUAAAAGGAGAAACAUUCCUCUGAUUUAACUUGAAAACAGCAGAUUUCUGAAAAAAAAACGUAAUAUUUUAUGGUGUUGUCCUCCACACACUACUCUAAGAUGUGAUUACACAGUUGAGCUCAUUAAAAAAAUUAUGCAGGUCUUAAAAAGAAGACACUAUCUUACUGAACUGGCCAAUCUCUCCGAAUAUUAAAGGACAAGAAAUGGGCCAGGACUUCGAGCUCAGCUCUUUAAAAUGAUGCUGAAUGUUUCUGCUUCUCUGUGUGAGAAUGUGUGAGAUGGGAAGCUUGUAUCUGUGUCUGAUCUCCUCAAGCCUGCUACCUGCAACAAUCACAACCACUAGAAGUGCUGCUCUGCACUCCAACACCUUGGUGCUAUAUCUCUCCUAUACGCUGUGCGGUUUGGACCGCUGUGACUUUAGACCAGAGCGAAGUGGCACUGUCGUACGCCUGCAGAUGUGUUUUGAUUUUUUUUUGUGCUUGUAUCCACAGCUCGCUCUGAAUGAAUUGAAUUAAAAUAAUGGUGCAGACUUCA